UCAGCCAUCAGGUCCUGAGGUCAGUCAAAGUCAGUACUUGUUCAGUUACAACUCGUUGAUCUGUCCUAGCCAAGGACACGUCGGUUACACAAAGUACUUUUUGACAAAUACACCAGUUUUGAAAAUUGUUUGAUCAUUUUAGGUUUCAAUCUUUUCUUGUUAACUCGAGGAAAAAAUGGGGAAAAAAAAUAAAAAGAACAAACCAACUCAGAACAAUCAAGAAAAACAAUCUGAAGUACAACAACAGCAACAGAGCCCACGGCAACCUCAACAGCAACAGGGCCCACGACAACCUCCACAGCAACAACCAUCAGGCUCACAAGAACCUCGACCCCAACAACAGCAAUCUCAACCCAAACAACAGCAACAGGACCCACGGCAACCUCGACCCCAACAACAGCAACAAAGCUCACAACAACAGCAACAGGGCCCAUGGCAACCUCGACCCCAACAACAGCAACAAAGCUCACAACAACGACAACUCCAACAACAGCAACCUCAACAGCAACAGGGCCCAUGGCAACCUCGACCCCAACAACAGCAACCAAGGGGUUCUUGGCAACCUCAGCAACAGGUCCCCCCACGACCUCAACAACAGCAGCAGAUAUCUCCACAGCAUCAACAACAGCAACAUGUCUCCCCACAACCACAACCCCAAAGGCAGCCUCAAACACCACCACCUAGUGGUCAGAGCCAAGCUGUUCCAUCCAAAAAAGCAUCCAAUAUUCAAGCUUCAAGUCAAGAUUCAAAAGCAAUGGAAUCAUUAAUCGCUGAGAGUAAACAGAUGCAACUAUCUUGCACAAUUCCAAAAAGAAAUGAACGACCAGCCAAGAAAAAUAAAGGAGAACACAUUUACGUUGAAACAAAUCAUUUAGCUCUCACCAUCGACAAAUCGAAUAUGAUUGUCUAUCACUACGAUGUCACUGUGGAGCCUGAAAAACCCAGAGCAUUUUACAGAGAGGCUGUGGAACUGGUCAGAAGGGAAUAUUUUCCAAACUGCUAUCCAUCUUUCGACGGGAGAAAAAAUAUUUACAGUUACAGAAAACUGCCCCUCCAGGGUGAUGCUGUAAUGUCUACUGUCACUGUUCAGGAUCAGAUGAACAACGGGAGGGCUAGAGAAAUAACUGUUACAAUCAAAUUUGCAAAUGAAGUGAAUUUGGCCACUAUUUUUCAGUACAUGGCUGGAGGCAGCUCGCUUAGAAUUCCACAAGAAGCUAUCCAAGCGAUUGAUAUUGUUUUACGUCAGCCAUCUGCUAAAGGGUUUUUACAGGUAGGGAGAUCUUAUUUCACACAGCCUGCAGAGGUCAUUGAACUUGGAGAUGGUCUCCAAAUUUGGUACGGGUUUUUCCAAAGUGCAAUAAUCGGCACAAACAAAACAUACCUAAAUAUUGAUGUUGCACAUAGAGGAUUUCCGAUGCCCAUCCCCUGUGUCGAUGCUUUGGCAAAAAUUAUGAAAAAAUCGCCUAACAAUCUUCUCCCUCCAACACGUUGUUAUUCUAAUGAAAUAUUGACAUUUACUAGUUUUAUUAAGGGGUUGAAAGUAUUUUAUUUCCCUCCUCCCAUUCCUGGUCAACCCAGACAAAAACGAACAUACAAAGUAGAUAAUGUAGGUCCACCAGUUAAGGAAGUCAAGUUUGUAGUUGAUGGUGAGGGGGAAAUGAACGUUUAUGACUACUUUUAUAAUAAACACAAUUAUAAAAUCCAAUACCAUAAUUUGCCUUCGCUUGUAUGCGGAUCUUCUAAGAAAUCAAUAACACUGCCAAUAGAGAUGUGUGAGAUUGUCCCAAGGCAAGUAAUUAUGAAAAAACUGAACGAGUUACAGACACGUGAGAUGGUUAGACUUGCCGCAGUGAGUGCCCCAGCAAGAAAACAGAAAAUUGUGUCAUCCAUGAGAAGUAUUAAAUUUAAUUCUGAUCCAUGCAUAAAAGAAUUUAAACUGUCGGUGGCAGAAGAGUUCACUAAGGUACCUGCACGGAUUUUAAAUCCUCCGGUUUUGGAUUACAAGGGGGCACAAGCAAGAGUAAAUAGUGGUGUGUGGCGUUCAGGGAAAUUUCUAAAUCCUAAAAAUUUGGAAAAGUGGGCCAUUUUAAAUACCGAUAGCUAUACUAAGGAUCCACAAUUGAGAAAUUUUGCUGAAGCACUGUUCAAUGCCAGUAAAGAAGUUGGAAUGGCUAUAGAAUAUCCGUAUAGUAUUAAAACACUGUCGAACCCUAGGAAUUUUGAUAAAGAAAUGGGAGAUUUUGCAGAUUGUCAAAUUUUGUUUGUAAUAAUACCAGAAAGAGGUCCCAUUUCAUACGCAAAAGUCAAGCAAGUGGCUGAACUGAAUUUAGGACUUCUUACACAAUGCAUACGAUCGAGGACCAUAUCAAAAAUGAGCAAUGCUACAGCUUUAAAUAUCCUUUUGAAAUUAAACGCCAAACUCAAUGGAAUUAACCACAGCAUAAGAAACGAACAUUGGCCUGACUUUUUUCGCAAGCCGGUUAUUGUGAUCGGUGCUGAUGUUACCCAUCCUUCUCGUGAUCAACCGAAUAUACCAUCAAUUGCAGCCGUUGCUGCUAGUCAUGACCCAAAGGCCUUUAGUUACAAUACGAUCUGGACGAUACAAGCACCAAGGGAAGAAAUUAUCGUCGAUUUAAAGUCUAUAGUGAAACAGCAAUUGAUGUUUUUCUACAGGGCUACUCAUUAUAAGCCUCAAGCCAUAAUGUUUUACAGAGAUGGUGUUUCAGAAGGACAGUUUAAAGAAGUAAUCGAUAGAGAAGUGAGCGCUGUGAAGAAGGCAUGCCAUGAACUCGGCGGCGAUCAAUAUAAUCCUCCUCUUACGUUUGUUGUCGUACAAAAACGACAUCAUACGAGGUUGUUUCCACCGAAAAAAUUUGCCAGCGGUAAAAAUGAAAAUGUACCGGCGGGCACAGUUGUAGAUACUGACAUAGUGCAUCCAACCGAAUUGGACUUUUAUCUCGUAUCACAUGCCAGUAUCCAGGGAACAAGUCGGCCGACAAAAUAUCAUCUUUUAUGUGAUGACUCAGAAAUGUCAGAAGACGAUCUACAAGAAAUUACGUAUAAUUUGUGUUAUUUGUAUACAAGAUGUACACGAUCUGUUUCUUAUCCCGCGCCGACUUAUUAUGCACAUUUAGCCGCUUUCCGCGCCAGGUCUUAUAUUGACAACAACAAAUUCGCUACUCCUAAACAGCAGGAAUCUUGUCUAGAACAAAAUAAAGCUUUUUCUAAAAAUAGCCCUAUGUUCUUUGUUUAAUUGAAUUCAUACCAGUAUGGAAGUGCUUAUAUUACCGUCUAGCCAGACUGUUGUAAUAUCUUCUAUUAUUAUAUAUUUUAUUCUAUUCCUAAUACCAUCUGUAAUGAAGGAAAACAGCUAAACAAGCAGGAGGAAGUCUCUUGUCUUACCUAUAACAAAUCUUUAUAUUCAGUUUCAACCAACCUUUAUUUUUUAUGUGUUAAUCUAUUAUUUUGCAUUAUUUAUUUGUUAGUAUUGAAGUGUUAAGUCAUUUGGAAAGACUUGAAAGUGAUGAAAAUUUGUGUUUUACUAUUGUAAUUUGUGGGCGUGCUAAUACCCUUUUUUUUGUAAAAAUAAAAAUAAAACUUUAUAUUUUACCUC